CUCUGACAUCCUGACGUUUCAUGAUGGUGUGCCUGUCGCGCGUGUUGCAGCGGGGCUUCGGGUUUACCGCGCAGUUCCGAAAGCAGGACUUGCCAUGCAAGUUGGCGGGCAUUUUAUCCAGGUACUACAGCACAGAGGCAGCUCCUCAGAUACCGGGAAUGGAGUACCAGGAUGCCAUUUGCACCCUGAACACACUGCAGACCAAUGCCAGUGCUCUGGAGCAGGUCCGACGAGAAAGAAGCCACCCUAAGCUGCAGCUGCAGGCUAUGAGAGUCUUCCUGCAGCGUGCUGGCCUCACAGUGGAGGAACUAGACCAUCUUAAUAUCAUUCAUGUGACUGGGACAAAGGGCAAGGGUUCAACGUGUGCAUUCACAGAGCAGAUUUUGAGAAACUACGGAUUUCGCACUGGGUUUUACAGUUCUCCACAUUUGGUGCAAGUCAGGGAGAGGAUACGAAUCAAUGGGCAGCCCAUCGGAAAGGAACUCUUCACUAAAUACUUCUGGCAGAUUUAUGGAAGACUGGAUGAUACCAAGGAUGCCCACCAAGGGACGAUGCCAGCAUACUUCCGUUUCCUCACCAUCUUGGCCUUUCAUGUCUUCCUCCAGGAGAAGGUGGAUUUAGCUGUAAUUGAAGUUGGUAUUGGUGGAGCAUAUGACUGCACCAACAUUAUACGGAGGCCAUGGGUGUGUGGGAUUUCGUCCCUGGGCAUUGACCAUACACAGAUUCUGGGAGACACCAUUGAAGGGAUCGCCUGGCAAAAAGCGGGCAUUUUCAAGCAAGGGGUUCCUGCGUUCACUGUCAGACAGCCAGAAGAUGCAAUGGCUGUUCUCAAAGACAGAGCCAAAGAGGUCAGGUGCCCUCUUUGGGUGUGUCCAGAGAUGGAGGACUAUCCAGAAAACGGUGGACCUUUGCGUCUGGGCUUGGCAGGGCUGCACCAGCGCUCCAAUGCAUCCCUUGCGCUCCAGUUGAGUCACACAUGGUUACAGAGAAGAUGUCUACCAGAUAAAAGUUUUCCCUCCACUAUUGUUGAGAACAAUAAUGUCCUUCAGGCAACUUUGUUUAAGCCCAGCCCAAUCAUGGCAAAAGGACUGGCAGCAACAGAGUGGCCUGGUAGGAAUCAGACACUACGACACGGAGCAGUCACUUACUUCUUGGAUGGAGCUCACACGAUGCGCAGUAUGCAGGCUUGUGUGAACUGGUUCAAAGAAACUGCAGCCCAGCACGAAAAAAAUGCAAGAGGACCUGUGGCAAGAGUUUUGCUGUUCAAUGCCACAGGAGAAAGAGAUUCGACUUCCAUGCUUAAACUACUGGUGUCAUGUGAUUUUGACUUUGCUGUGUUCUGCCCAAAUAUCACUGAAGCCAUCGCUUCCUGUAAUGCAGACCAGCAGAACUUCAACGUGUCAGUGGAAAAUAUGCUCACUCGCUGCCUGGACAAUGAGAGGAGCUGGCGUCUCCUUAACAGUCAGGGGGAGAUCAAAGGAACACAGCUUCUAAUAAAGGACAGUCUGUCCCUUGUCCCUGAAAAUAUGGGAGACACUCUGGUCUUCCCCUGCAUCCUUAGCGCCCUUCAGUGGAUUACGCAGGGAAAGGAUUCAGUGCUUACAGAACCAGAAAAGAAUGUCUUACCAGUUAAACCCAGCAUCAUGGCCAAAGCUGCUCCUCUCUGUGAAGCUACUGACAUUCAUGUUCUCAUCACUGGAAGCCUUCAUCUGGUGGGGGGAGUUCUGAAACACCUGGAUCAAGCUUUUUCCAAGUAAACUGUAACUCUUGAAAUGAGUAAAUUCAGACUAGUUAAAUAAUCGAUAGGUGGGUGGGUGCUUUGCCAAUACCUACACCCCUAUGCCUCAUGGAAGAUAAAUAAUUUAUGUCGCUAUAGGUUUUUGUGAUAUUCAAAUUUGGGACACUGGCUUUAGGUCUUUACUUGUAUGAGGUACUGUUGUUGUCUUGGCAGGUUCUCUACUACGACUCACAACUGAUUUGGAUCAAGGCAGCUCUAGGCCUGACAAAGGUCCAAGCUUAACCUAUAGCCUUACUUGGGGGAGUUCAUGUCUUAAUUCCCACUUGAAGCCACAUGUGGUUACAUGCAUUGUAUUGUAUGCACGCAUUUGUAUGCUUCUGUCGAAACUGAUGUUCCCUGUAUGAAAUUUGAAAUUUGGGGGUUUCUAGUAUUUCUGGUUCUAUUUGAAUCACUUGACGACUCUUAAAAUGAAUACCAUUUAGUAUGUUUUUUUAUUUUAUUUUGACAAUGUUUGACAAUGGUCUGUGCAAGCAUAUAGCAUUAUCUAAAGAACUGUGUCAAUUUUAUACAACUGUUUGACAAAAUCUAGUCAGGACUGAACACUGUUGAAGAUAAAUGGGAAAAUCGUCUGGAUUAAGAAAUCCUAGAGAAGUGGGAAACUCACUAAAAUAAAACACAAUCACUGAGAUGCAUAACAUUACCUUGGAAAAUUUGUUACUGCAAUGCACCUAAAAUUAAAAGUGUGGAGAUGAAUAUGCAAUAGCCAGGCUAGAGACUGUAGCUGAGUAGACUACAGUAGACUAUACACACAUCUUCUAGAAAGGUAUGAGGAUUCAAACUUUCUUGGGAUAUAUACGAUACCUAGAAAUUUUCCUUUCCAAAAUGUUGUCAUUUGGAAGGAGGUGUGUGUGUGUGUCGUUACAUUAUACCUUGGUCAAUUUAAAUAAUGGAAUAGAGAAUUUUUAUUGAUUAUGGUUUUAAACAUUUCUUGUGCCUUUCAUUUGAAAAUCUGAUAAAAUGGUGCUUUUACAAAUAUUAAAUGUGUAAGUGUUUCUGAGGAAUGUUCAUGUUAGGGCAAUAAAGUUUGGCUAUCAAA